UAAACAUUAAUGAUCAUACUUCAACGUGGACAAAAUAAAAUUUACGGUUUUAUUUUGAAAAUAUAUUUACUCAGUAAUAUUACUAUGCUACCAUAUCUGCCUUUAAUAAAAUAUACAAAUCAUCUAAAAUCUUCGUUAUGUAAUAGUACAGAAGUAUUAUGAUCAAAAUGUACUUAAUUUAUCAAAAGUAAAAGGAUUUAAAGCUCAUGUGUUUAGGCACAAUAAAAACAAAUCAGUAUUAUUAUCAUUAUUCCCUUUUUAAUAAUAAUAAUAAUCUUCACAGUAACACAAACUGCAACACUCACAAUAAAUGAACCGUGCUACUUUGUUCCCGUGAAGCACAUUGAGUCUGUGUAUGAACUGUGCUAUUAUAAAUAAAUAAUAACAUACGCUUUUAUUCUGAAGGAACACAGUGUAUCCACGGACAACAGCGAUCCCGUUUCCUGUUUCGUUUGUUGUUGUCCCGUUCUGUUUCCGGUGUGGAUGCGGACGCAGCUUGUUGAUGGUUCCAAAAUGACCAAACUGCAGCUACUGAGCGCCUACCUUACGGAGCGGCUAGCGGUCGUGGUGAAGGAGAUCCUGCACGUGGUGGAGGACACGGUGACCGAGUACCGGGAGGAGACCGCGAAGACCAAGCGGGAGAACGAGAGCCUCCGGAGGCAGCUGCGGGACAUCCUGCUGCUGGAGGCCGAGACGGAGUGGCUGAGGUCGACCCGGUCCAGUCUUGUUUUUGCGUCUCCUGAGCAACAGCUCUGUGAUGCAGAACCGAGGCCCCGCUCCGAGGAGCCCGACUCCCCCCAGAACCAGCCUAGGGAGCCUCUGGAGCAGGUGGUUUCUGUGCAGCUGCUGACGGUCCAGAGCGAGACGUCUCCUAUCCUUCUCCCGGGGGACACGGUGCCGGCCGAGGUGAAGCCGGACCCUCAGAGGGAGGCGUUUGGCAAAGCUUCACUUCUUCCUUCUCACUCCACCGACUCGCUUCCUAAAAUCCACUUUGACGUUCCUGCCCUCCGAGAGGAUCCUCCAGGCCCGGCUCUGAUCAAAAGCGAACCCGAGGAACUCAAAGUGAGUGAACCUGAAGGUCACACAGACUCUCUGACGCACGUCUCACGGGAACAGUCCACCAUGGUGAUGCGUCCGGACCGACGCGAAGCUCACCGGCACAAAAAAAGUCAGGAGAAGGUGACGGCGGACGACGACGCGGCGGCUGGUCGCGUCCUCGAGCUCGUCCACCGCUGUCCCCGCUGCGGCGAGGCGUUCGGCCAUGCCGGCGGCCUCCGCCUCCACCUGGAGCAGAAGAGGAAGACCUACGCCUGCGACUGGUGCUGCAAGUCCUUCGCGCAGUCGGCGGACCUGCGGCGCCACCUGCGCACGCACACGGGCGAACGGCCGCACCGCUGCACCUUCUGCUCCAAGAGCUUCAGCCAGAGGGGGAACCUGCGGCGCCACCUGCGCAUCCACACGGGCGAGCGUCCGUACAGCUGCCCGUACUGCUGCCGCACCUUCAGCGACGGAGACACCAUGAAGAAGCACAAGCGCACGCACUCGGGGGAGAAACCGUACCGAUGCAUCCGCUGCUCCAAGAGUUUCGCCGGCGCCAGCGGCCUGCAGAUACACCUGAAGAGGGACAUGUGCUUCGUGGCCAACGCCUAGAAUUCUGUUCAGGAGAGCGAGACGCUGCAGGAAGAAAGGAUGUGAGCGUCACAUGCCAGCGUGACGCUCACAUGUGCGGGUCCCAGCGGGUCGGGGAGAUCGUAGUGUUCCCCCUCAGGUUUGACACUGUUAGCGCUGUUAGCACUGUGUUAGCCGCCGGCUGCUCAGCAGUUGGCAUGUUGAGAGCCGUGUGGAGGCAACAGAUGCUCAAGAUUGAGCACCUUUAACUUAAAGGAACAGUGUGGAAGAGUUAGUGGCACCUAGUGGUGAAGUGGCAACCAACUAAAUACCGCUCAGAC